UUUGCUUCGUUUCAGAAAUCACAACAGAAGAGAGAAGGCUAUUCUAAAAUAUUUAAGUAUUUUGAUAUUCGUUUUUGAUUGAUUGUCACUUUUUUCUGUUUAUGGAAAUACAAAUUGAAGUGUUUGUAAGAGGACCUACAACAAAUAGAUCACCUGUUCUAGAGUUGAUGUUGUUUACUGCUGGGAUGGCAGCUUGUUAGAGAUACAGAUUUAUGACUCCUGCAUGCACUUGCAUUUAUAUAGCAGGAUUAUUCAAGUUAUUCUGAUGUAAAAGAAGAAUAUCAUAAAACCUUUAUAGACCUUACAGGAGCCUGUUGUAGUUAGAAAUUGGAUGUAACUUCAUGAAACUAGAAGGACACUAUAAUACAGAUUUCUGUGUGCAACUGAUCGUGAAUUACAAAUAAAGAUGUGUAUAUUUUUGUCAGCCAAUUAAUUUUGAAACCUUUACAUCAUGUAGAUACAAGACCAGAGAUAGCAAUGUAUAAUAUGCAAGGAGACCAGCUGUCCAGCAUAUGGUCAUUGUGUGUGGUCAACAAUCUAAGAUUGUAAGCCAGUCUAUGAGGAGUUGAUCACAUGACCAGAGCUGCUGACUUUAUUUUGUACUAACAGUCUAUAUUCAUAUACAUUUGAUAUUUGUGUGUUAUACUUGUGUUCCCCAAAAGCGCGUAAUGCAGCUUAAGUGAUUUUAACAAUAAAGAAAAAAAAACAUGCAGCUUAAGUGAUUUACAAAAAAGAAAAUAAAAAAAACAAUGUCAGAAAGUAGCGAGAAAAUGUCUGACCAUAGUGAAAGCGGAAGCGAUAGUGGGAAUAAUAAUGACAUAUGCCGCGAUUUUCUGCGUAAUGUAUGCAGGCGUGGAAAGCGAUGCAAAUAUCGUCAUCCAGGUGAGCAAGAAACUAGUGAAUUUAAGAAAAUAUCGGAAUAUACAUUCUGUCACGAUUUUCAAAAUAAUGGAUGCCGACGAGCAAACUGUAAGUUCCUUCACUGUACACGUGAAGAAGAGGAACAAGCGAGGCAAACUGGUGAUUUACCUUCACGUGUUAUGCAGGCAGCUGCAUUAGGAAUUGGAGUUAAUCAUGCGGAAAUGGUUGCAAAAGGUGGUGUACCUAUAUGUAAGGAUAAUUUGAAAGGUGAUUGUCAUCGUGGGGCAGGAUGUAAAUAUCGUCACAUAUCAAGUGCUGAAUAUGAAUUCUUGCAAAGGAAAUCAGAGGGACGUAAUGAACUGUACAGAAAGGAACACCCGAUAGAAAGAUAUGAGUUUGAGCAGGAUAUUAAACGAAGGAGAAUUGACCCGGAUUAUCCUUCCGAUGGAUUUAGAACAUUUGAAAAUCGUUACCCACCUCUGUCUCCAAAUUCCAAACCAUUAAGUUAUCAGUUAUUAGAAGAUGAAAAUUCAAUGCUGCGUAAAAAAGUUGAAGAGUUAAAAAAGCAAGUGGCAGAUUUGACUGCUACUAACGAGGUGCUCCUGGAACAAAAUGCUAGAUAUCGUGUGAGUAAAAGUAACAUAAUACAGACUCUAAACGCUGCCGGUGUACAGGCGGCAAUUCAGGCUUCGACUUUAAAUCCUCUAAAUACAAGCCUCGCGCAGCAAAUUGCUCUAAAUAGUGACUUAACUACCAUUACUCAGCAGCAACAGCAGGCCUUGCAACAGCGAAUGGUGCGUGAAUUGACCGGGGGUCAGGCGCAGUGUAGUAUAGCUGCUCCGCCCACGCUCAACACGGCCACCCUUUCUUUGAACCCGCCGUCAAUUGUGCCAGUAUCCUUACCACAGACCCUGUCUGGGCUUCAACCGUCCAAUAAUCAGAGCUUGGCGCAGAACAUUGACAUGAACGCAUCACUGGUCUCAUAUCCCAUUGUCUCACAGGCUAUGAGAAUGACCGCAAGCAGCUUGGCGCACUGACCAAAUUUCCAAAAUUUAUAUGUGUUACCUUGGUGAGGGAGCCAUGUUGAUGUGUACAGAUAGAAAAUAUAACCAUAUCAUAUUAAACUUAAAAACUGAGAUCGGAAUUGGAUGAACGAAACAGUAUUUUUGAUGCAUCGUUAAUACCCUGUGCUGGAUUGAGACACUCUGUAGAUGCAUUUACAAAACCCUGUGCUGGAAUCAAAAGUGAAAUGUCUGAAAUACAGCCUGGUAUGAAGAGCAGCUCUUGGACACAUCAAGAAAAUAGCGAGCUUUUGUCUGUUGAAAAAGACCUUGUGCGAAGAAAGGAAUUUUAAGAAAUUAACAUAUUGGGAUUUUUUACUUUUGAUGAAGUUACUAAAACUGGUUUUGUAAUCAGGAAUGUUGUGAGGCAUCUUAUUUUAUCAAAGGAACAACAGUGAAAUUCUGCUGUACUUAUUGCAUUGCAAAAACAAUGGAAACUUGAAUAUUUUAAAGAAUGAUCGACAUUGCAACAACAGUUAUGAAAUGUGUUGUUUUUCUCUGUGAGACUGACUAGGUGUAACAAAUUUAAAUUUAAUAUCUUCUAAUGGUGAAUGUUCUGUAGCAGCAGCAACAGCAAAAACAACAAAAAAACACCAACAAAGUGAAAAUAUUAAAAAUUGUUUGGUAACUCAGCUAUAAAGAAGUGUUUAUACCAAAUGAUACCACAGAUAAAAUGUUUUAGACAAAAAUAAGACAGUAUAGAAAGGUGUUUUUCUUAGUCAAAGUAUAGUUAACACGAUUUUAAAAUGUUAGUUUGCUGGGGAAAACUGCUUCUACCCAUACGACCAGUACAGUCCAAGAUUCAAGUCAGCACACCGGACAUGUUGUCUGGUCAUGGCUGGAACUGUUUGUGAUUCACUCGGUACUUAUUUUGAAAUUUUCCCUUAAAAUGAUAAAUGCUUUUGUAUGGAUUGAUUAUUAUUCAGCAUGAUAUGGGUAAAUUAGUUUGCCUGGGGUAAUAGGACAUCAGAUAAAAGAAGAAGAAUAUAUCUGAACAACAUUACAUAUUUUGUGUAGAAAUUGUUUAUUUCUUUGAAGUAAAACAAGAAUGUUUUCCUUUAAAUUUUUUUCAAUGAAAACAAAGAAAAA